AUGUGUCCACCUACUAGUGAACUACAUAUUGAUAUCAUUUGUCCAUCAACUGGAGAAAAGCUUGGUAAAUGUGCAUUAUCUACUGCUGAAGAUGUAAAUCUGGCGGUCGCAAAGGGUCAAGAAGCUUUUCAACAAUGGCGACAGACCACGAUCAAGACCCGAGCGGCUCUAAUGUUUGAACUGCAUAAACUUAUGCUGGAAUUUCAAGAUCAACUAGCAACUAUUGUGGUACAAGAAAAUGGCAAGAAUCAAACCGAGGCACUUGCUAGUGUUCGAAAAGCCAUUGAAUCGGUAGAAUAUGCUUGCAGUUUACCUCAAUUGGUUCAAGGACGUACUUUACAAGUUUCACGUGGUAUUACAUGCCAUGAAGUGCGUGAUCCACUUGGUGUUGUGGCCUGUAUUACGCCCUUUAAUUUUCCUAUAAUGGUACCAAUGUGGACAAUUGCUAUUGCGUUAACAAUGGGUAAUUGUGUCAUUGUAAAACCGUCAGAGAAGACACCAUUGGCGAUAAGACGUGUGGCGGAGCUUUCGAUAAAUGCAGGGUUUCCACCUGGAGUAUUUCAGAUUAUCAACGGAACAGCGGAUCCAGUGAACAGCUUGUGUGACCAUCCUGGUAUUGCCGCUGUUACGUUUGUUGGUUCAAGUCGUGUAGCGCAGCUCGUUUCUCGUCGUUGCCGAGCACUUGACAAGCGUGUGCUUGCACUAGGUGGAGCGAAGAAUCACUUGGUGGCACUACCAGAUGCGGACAUUGAAGUCGCGUCCAGGGACAUUGUCGCAUCGUAUGCAGGCUGUGCUGGACAGCGUUGCAUGGCAGCGUCAGUUUUAUUGCUCGUGGGAGACUGCUCGGCACUUCUUGAUAGGAUCGUCGAAAAGUCCAAGGAGCUAACCCGUGGGACGAAAGCUGGUGAGGUUGGCGCUCUCAUUGAUGAUAUGUCGAAGACACGUGUGCUGUCGUACAUCAAUGAUGCGGAGGCUGCCGGUGUAAAGAUACUAGUGGACGGUCGAUCGUGGUCGAACGUGUCUGAAGGAUUUUGGGUGGGUCCAACUGUGCUACUACAUACGAAUGCAAAGGACCCUGCAAUGACCGACGAGAUUUUUGGUCCCGUGCUUUCUGUACAUCGUGUGAGCUCUUUCGACGAGGCGCUUGCGAUCGAGAAUAGUAAUGAAUACGGGAAUGCCGCGGCCGUCUAUACGUCGAAUGGAGCUUAUGCUGAAUAUUUCCAGACACGUUUCCGUGCUGGAAUGAUUGGGAUCAACAUUGGGAUUCCCGUGCCGCGCGAGCCCUUUAGUUUUGGUGGCAUGUACGGCACAAAGAGCAAGUACGGUGACAUGGACAUCACGGGUGACGGUUGCGUGGAAUUUUUUUCUACGAGACGCAAGAUCACUUCCAAGUGGACCACAGACAUUGACACGAGUGACGCUGCCAACUUUAGCUGUCAGCUAUAA